CAUUCGGUUAUGAAGUUGUCAUUGGGCCGCCAAAUACAAAUUGGAUCAGGAUCUUGUUAUAAUGCCACCUCUGCGCUCGGGAAGAGCUUCAAAAGCAUGUGGCCUCUGCCGCAGGAACAAAACGCGUUGUUACGCCGGGGUUGGAGCUGGAAAUACUUGUCUACGCUGUCAUACUUUAUCGCUUCCUUGCUCUCUAGAAGAGUUUCUUGAGCAUGGCUCGUCUCGGUCUCUAUCUGAGAGCCAAAAUGAGCGUGACACUAUGCACAGUAAUUCAAAUCCUAAUAAGAACUCAUCCACAGAUGCAAGACUUGAGAGGCUUGAAAGGACAGUUGAGGCUUUGGUAGAUCGUUUAGACGCACAGUUCAAAGGCCGCGGAAGUCCCUCGACCUACACCACUAUGCCUCGAACUGAAGAACCGGUGGCACCAUCUGAGCCUAAUCCAGCACCCGUUAUUCUAAUUCGCGAUGCUGCUACUGACGCUGGAGUUGCAUCCCCAGAGCAAUCGGACUCACAGCUAGAUUCUUUAUCUGAUGUGAUUUCAACUGGACUGGUCACCUUGUCAACCGCCCAUUCCUUGUUGAAGCUAUUUCAAGUUCAUUACGGUCGAUGGGUCAGAUUCCCCGAUAAUUUAACAGCAGAGGUACUUUUAUCUCAAGUGAGAAAGUCGCCGCUGCUGCUUUGCAGCAUCUUAUUAAUCGCCGUGCAGCAUACCACACAAGCUCUUGCGGAUGAAUUAGCACCACAUUUAUUUCGCGAAGCCAAAAGUCUGAUUUCAAGAGCUCUUCUAGAAGUCCCACAGUCCAUCGAAUAUUUUCAAGCUGCGUUGAUCUUGAGUCUUUGGUCUACGACCAUUGGGCAGCUGCCUCUGAGCAUUGAUAGCUGGCUCUUGAGCGGCUACGCGAUUCAACAGGGAUUGGCGAGUCCUUGUUUCAUAGAAAUAUCCAAAACAAGCCCAAUCUCGGAUAUAAAAAACGCCAAUGUUGAUGCAUGGUGCCUCUGGAAUCAUCUAUGUGUUGUUCAUCUGCAAUACUGUGUUGGUACACGCAGACCAGCAAUGCUCAAUCAGCAGCAUGUUGACCACUGCCAAUACAUUUUCGAAAAUGGGAAUCUCACAAACUACGAAGCGAGAAUGGUGGCCGAAGUUAAGUUGUACUGGGUCAUAUAUAAGAAGUGUUGUCCACAAAGCCAUCUAGUGGACCUCCCGGAAGCUGAGCUCGCUUUGAAAAACUGGAGAAAGGAAUGGGCAAGUCUCUUUGACGAGCCUCGUUCUCAGUUUCUCCAAAUGGGCUUCCACUUUGCACACCUUCUCGCCUACUACCAAUCUGCCAGGUAUAAUCGGUCCUCAAUGGAUGCAUCAGUUAUCUUAGGGAUGAUUGAUCACGCAAGCACUAUCAUCAAUCUGGCUAUCGACACAACAGAUGACCGUACCCGCCACCUCACAGACCAUAUUUACCAUGUUGUCACAUUUUCCGCACUCACGUUGUGCCGUCUUGUCCACGAAUACGAUGCGCAGCUUCUUGUUGAGAAUGUCGAUAUCGAUAGCCUAGAUCGUCUUGUUUUGAAGCUCAUUAUUUGGCUUCGCUCAAUUGGCUUGCCAUGUCAUGCCGCUCACUUGCUGGGAAAUAUUGUUUUAUCACAGUUUAAGAAGCUGCGUUCAGAGACCAGUUCUGUAUGUCAUGAUUUUGUAGAUAAUCCCGGACCGGACUAUAUUGCGCUAUCGGGUCUAGAAGCCUCGCCUUUAGCAUCCAAUGUUGGCUUCAUCUACCCUGAUCUGAUAGGAUCGGAGUUAUUUGAUCUGGGUGAUGGUACAUGGCCCCAGUGGAGUUAGACACAGAAUACAAGUGGAAGGACUCAGAUCAACUUCUUUCCGGAUCGGGAAUACUGUAGGAGACACACUCACCUUCUAUGAAGAGCUGUGGCUGCAGGCCAUAAAAGACUGGUUUUUGUAGGUAAAGGAUGAGUCGCCGCCUGUUAUAAGCAGCCUGUUCAAAGAGAUCUGAAGGGAAAUCAGAUACCAAUAUAUAGUUUUUCUAGGAUUACAA